CGUAAGUACUAUUAUGUCCACUUACAAUAUGAAUAUGAAGCCCUUUAUCUUCAUGUGUUCUCUUUCUGUUGUGGUUCUCAGCUCUGUAGUGUUGGCUGACAAGCUAUCUAAAGCUGAGAUUAAAGCUGCUCGUGGAAUUCAUGCAAGUCUUUUGGGAUGUGAUCGCAAGAAAGAAAUUUCUGUAAAUGGUGAAAAGUUGAACAUGGAAGCUUAUCAUACAAACUGCAAAGGAAAUACCGGAGGCAGUGGAGGAUAUGGUGGUGGUGGAUCUAGUGGUAGUGCAGGCAGUGGAGAAAGCGGUGACGGUGGCACUGGUGGUGGUGGAGGCAGCAGUGGUGGUGGAAGUGGAGGAGGGGGUUAUGGUGGUGGUAGCUCUGGCGGUGGAGGAAGUGGUGGCGGUGGUGGUGGUGGAAGUGGAGGAGGGGGUUAUGGUGGUGGUAGUUCGGGCGGUGGAGGAAGCGGUGGUAGUGGUGGUGCUGGUGGAGGCGGAGGCAGUAGUGGUGGUGGUGGAAGUGGAGGAGGGGGUUAUGGUGGUGGUAGUUCGGGCGGUGGUGGAAGCGGUGGCAGUGGUGGUGCUGGUGGAGGCGGAGGCAGUGGUGGUGGUGGUGGUGGAAGUGGAGGAGGGGGUUAUGGUGGUGGUGGUAGCUCGGGCGACGAAGGAAGUGGUGGUGCUGGUGGAGGCGGAGGUAGUUGA